CCGGGUCCGACUGGCCGAGCCCCGCGCGCCCCGCCCGCGCCCUGCGCCUCCGCCCGGCCAGCCGGCGGGGGAGGGGGCAUGAGCCGGCGCCCGCGCGCCGCCGGGAGCUGCGGGCCGGCCUAGAGCCCCGCGCGGGCCCCGCGCCCGAGCCUAGCCGCCGUCGCUGCCGAGCCGCGGGCGCAUCCGCGGGAGCCGCGAUGCAGCGGCCGGGGGAGCCGGGCGCCGCGCGCUUCGGUCCGCCCGAGGGCUGUGCUGACCAUCGGCCGCACCGCUACCGCAGCUUCAUGAUCGAAGAGAUCCUCACCGAGCCGCCCGGGCCCAAGGGCGCAGCGCCUGCGGCUGCCGCUGCCGCCGCGGGCGAGCUGCUGAAGUUUGGCGUGCAGGCGCUGCUGGCCGCCCGGCCCUUUCACAGCCACCUGGCAGUGCUGAAGGCUGAGCAGGCCGCUGUGUUCAAGUUCCCACUGGCGCCGCUCGGUUGUUCCGGGCUGGGCUCGGCGUUGCUGGCCGCGGGGCCUGGGAUGCCCGGCACUGCAGGCGCCUCGCACCUGCCGCUGGAACUGCAACUCCGAGGGAAGCUGGAAGCAGCUGGCUCUGGGGAGUCAGGCACGAAAGCCAAGAAAGGACGCCGGAGUCGCACUGUGUUCACGGAGCUGCAGCUGAUGGGCCUGGAGAAACGCUUCGAGAAGCAGAAGUACCUCUCCACCCCUGACAGAAUAGAUCUAGCUGAGUCCCUGGGCCUGAGCCAAUUGCAGGUGAAGACAUGGUAUCAAAAUCGGAGGAUGAAGUGGAAGAAAAUAGUGCUUCAAGGUGGCGGCCUGGAGUCCCCUACUAAGCCCAAGGGGCGGCCCAAGAAGAACUCCAUCCCCACAAGCGAGCAACUCACGGAACAGGAGCGUGCCAAAGAGGCAGAGAAGCCAGCAGAGAUGCCGGGUGAGCCCAGCGACCGGAACUGCGAGGACUGAGCUCCGCCGGGGGUGCGGCGCCGUCGGCAGGAACCCAGGAGCUGGCCCUUCCGCGCCCGUGCCGUUUGCUUUCUAAACGUUUCAUUACUACUUUGAGUGCGGACAAUUAGGGGCCAAACAAGGAAGGACAUAAGCCCGGAAGCCAAGCCUAGGUCUCAGCGAGCUCCAGUCUCCUGCCCCCCAGUCUGGGAGAGCCGUGUCCAGCACGGCCGAAGCUUUUGGUCUUUCUCGGAGUUCCGCGGUGCCCGGCGCUCCACGCGCAUUCACUCCCCGCUCCUUGCCCACACCUUUCUCCGGCCUCCAGCGGGCCUUCUGGGCCCGGACACUGGCAGGCGCACACCCGCUUCUGCGCCUUGGGGACCGAGCCGCAGGGUGCAGGCCUCUACGGUCCUGUCCUGCAGAGUCGGCUCCGGGAAGACCCGGCAAAUCAGCUGAUGCCCGGCCCCGAUGUCGCUGGGGUUUCUACCCACCUCUCACGAAGACGGUGACUUUUUUUUUUCCAAUAAAAUAUUUUAUGACACA